GGUAAAAUGUAAACAAAGUUUGUAAAAAAAUGUUUUGAUUAAAAUAUUCAGUUUUUAAAGAAUGUCGAAUGUAGAAAAGGAUUUAAAAGUUAAAGUAUUAGUCUUGGGGAAUUCCGGGGUGGGGAAAUCUUCGUUCACGCAUCUAUUAUGUCAUAAUCAAGCAAAUAAAAACCCAGGUUAUACAAUCGGAUGUACAAUUGAUAUUAAACUCCACGAAUACAAACCAGGGACGUCGGAAGAGAAAACUUUCUGCAUCGAGAUUUGGGACAUUGGUGCUUCUAAUAGCCAUGCAAGUAGCAGGUUCAUAUUUUACAACAACAUAAACGGGAUCAUUCUAGUACAUGACCUCACCAACUCCAAGUCCUUACAUAACCUCCCUAUUUGGUUAAACAAUGUAUUGAAGUAUGAUUCAACUGGUGGACUUACAUCGGUUAAAGUUAGUUCACAAAACACAAGUGCAGGAGAUGAUUCAGCCCAAUGUUCCAUUCCUUUACUUAUGGUUGGUACAAAGUUAGACUUGGUGGGCGAUAACAGAAGAAGUGAGGUUUCAGCGCGUAGCAAACAAACUGCUGUGGAUCUGGCUUGUAGUGAAAUACAACUGGACAACAUAGAGACAAAGUAUAUUGCUGCUGGUUCGGGGAAUGCAGUUAAACUCAGCAGGUUCUUUGACAAGGCGAUUGCUCAUGCGCUACAACGACGAACAACGACGUCUAUGACAGGACAAUCACCUCUGAUCGACCGACGGGGUUCAAUUGGAAGUUUGGAACGAAGAAGAAGCAACCUGGGUGCUUCGUUUAAUAGAAGGAUGAAGACGGGACACCAGGAUUGAUGGGUAUACAUGAAAUUAUCCAAGGACAAUUCAUCAAACCUCUAAUAUAUAAGAAGAUCUUGUAUUACAACAAUGGCCAUCAGCUCUUGCUCAUAACUUGUUGGAUUUGUUAUUGUACAAAGUUAUAUAGUAGAGUAGAGGAAGAUGGGACACCUUUUCAUUCUAUUUUCACGCCCCAUAUGGUAGUAAACAAAGAACAUUCAAAGAAAUAUGAAAAAAUAUGUUUGAAUAUUAUGUGCUAAAGGUGUUCUGUCUUCUCCCACUCUAUUAUAUUGAACCUUUGGUGCAAUUCAAUGUGACAAUAAAGUAUUUUGAUACUCUAAAUCUUACAAGAGUAACAAUGU